GUUGAAGUCUCCCACAGGAGCUGAUCAGAGUUGAUCAUGGAAGACCCUGCAGGAGGGCGGACUGGUACCGGAGACGCGGAUCUCAUGGACAGAAUCAGAGAGCUUGAGGAGGACUUAACUAGGACUCAAGAAGAGCUCGCAAGAAUCACAUCAACUGAUGAUGAAGCAGCUCAAGAAGCAACUGACAAUGAUGGCCCACCAAGCGAUGAUCCAGAUGGUGAAAUGGCUUACAAACUUGCUGAGUUGGUUGCCGCAUCAGUGACUAAGGUGCUGAAGGGAGAUGUGAAUCAACACUCAUCUACCCCGAUCACUGCUCCUAUCAUGGGUGAGAUAGUAGAAGUUGGCAGCUCCAAAACAAUUCGCAUGGGUGGUAUUCCUAAGGCAGAUUGGUCCGGCUUGGAAUCUCCAACCCUCAGAGUCCACUCUGGGCAGUAUAGGAGUCUGGAUAGAACCAAAGGUUUGAAAAGAGCAAGUGAGUUUCCAAAGUUUGAACCCAAAUGGACAAAGGGGUCUAGCCUCCAGCCCUUGCUUGCAGGCGCACCUUUUGGAGUUUCUGAUGAACUUUGGAAUGCAACAAUGCAAAUUCAUUCCACACCCCACUGA